AUGUUUCCACACGAUCUGUGUGCCAGAGCAGGCGUCAGCCUGAUCAAGGUCAACCCCGAGUCCAUCGAGAGCCAGUUUGACGAGCAGUCUGCCCCUCUGCUCAUCGAAGCAAUGUCCAGAGUACACGCCGCAGCUCUGGAGGACGGUAUUGUCCCCAAGGCCCUACUCCUCUGCAACCCGAGCAACCCCUGCGGCCGGACCUACCCACGCACUACCCUUGUCGAGAUUGCGAGAUUCUGCGGGCAAAAGAAGAUGCACUUAUUAUCCGACGAGAUCUACGCCAUGUCGACCUUUACCGCAACGACAGACACAGACGGACAGGCUCUUCCCCCAUUCACCUCCGUGCUGAGCAUACAGGAUGAUCCACCGCGCGGUGUGCUCGCCGAGAAUAUCCACUGCAUGUACGGCGCAAGCAAAGACUUUGGCUGCGGUGGUCUGCGGCUCGGGUUUCUCGUGACACGGAACGAGCUACUUUGGCGUUCUCUGAGGCGGUUAGUGCUUUUCACAUGGGUCUCGAGCUUCUCGACUGCGUUCUUCACACACUUCUUGGUUGACGAGCAAGCCGUCGGGAGAUACCUGAAGACGUACCGGGAGCGACUCGAGGCGCAGUAUAGGGUGACUACGCAGCUCUUGAAGGAGAACGGGAUUCCUUUCGUCCCGGCCAACAGUGGGGUGUUCAUCUUCAUCAAGUUGGCGGCUUGGUUGGAUCACGGGGAGGACUCGGCUGGACUCGGCGGGAGCCGCGAGGUGAGACUCUGUCGAUAUCUCUUGCAUGAGGCAGGCGUCUUUCUCAGUCCUGGAGAG